AUGGCCCCUCCUGUAGCCACUGAAGUAGACGGACCUUCAAAAGGUCCGGACUUGUCCACGAAGUCAGGCGGUCCUUCGGUGAGAUCUGUGGUGGAGAAGAUUCUCUAUCUUAACGCACGGAAACAUGUCCGACAAACUAUGGAGAAUCAUUGGGACAUCAACGAUCCCGACGUGGCUGAUAUGGUCGUUCAUUUGGCGAGGGAGAGUCGGAAGGAGGGGAAGGACAGCUCUCAGAAAGCUGACCCUGUUGAUACCUUUUGUGAGAAGCUCGAAGGCGUUGGUGCUGAGACAUCGCGGAAUACGGCGGAUAUACUUAUGGGCGCUCCUACAAAGAGGAGUUCAGAUCUUCAGCCGUUGGAGUUGUAUACUAUUCACCGAGGCACGGUCCAACGCGUAAUGGAGUAUGGGUGCUUCGUGGCCUUCCGGACACAAGAGGGAGAAAAGGAAGGACUUGUUCACGUUGGUGAGAUCCUCCCGGCUUCCUCGGCUGGUCGUUCGCGCAUGAGCGCAUCGGAUUUAGUGAAGCGAAACCAAAGCGUGUAUGUGAAAAUAGUUGGCCUUGCAGGUAGUAAGAUAAGUCUAUCCAUGCGAGAAGCUGACCAGAAGACAGGAGAGGACCUUAGACCGCGGAACUCUUCCUCGUCCAAGUCGAUCCGUCCGGGCGACUCGGCUUAUCACGGCGCUAAUUCGGUAGUACUGUCGAGUUUCAAUUGUCUCAGACAUUUGAACGAUUAUGAAUUAUGGGAGGCUCGGCAACUGAGGGCCUCUGGGGUUCUUGAUGCUAGUGACAUGCCUGACUUCGAUCCGAGGAAUAGAGAAGAAACUAAGGAAGAGGUUGAAUUGGAAGUAGCCGACACUGAGCCGAAGUUCCUGGCUGGCCAGACUGCCAAGACCGGGGUCAUUCUCUCGCCGGUACGUAUUGUUAAAGAACCUGAUGGAAGUCUACAGCGAGCCGCUAUACAGCAAGCGACUUUGGCUCAAGAGCGUCGUGAAUCUAAACAGGCCAUGCAGGAGCAAGUCAUCAAGGCUAUCCCGAAGGAUAUGAGUAGACCAUGGGAGGAUCCAAACCCACAUCAGGGCGAACGUACUCUAGCACAGAACUUGCGUAGUAUUACGAUGAACAGCGCAUCGCAGAACCAGAUUCGGAAGCACGGUGCCCCCACUGGAGUUGCCUAUGGUCAACGUUCGGCCCUGCCGAUGCGGGAACAACGCGAGGGUUUGCCGAUUUUCAAACUGCGUAGUCAGCUUUUACAGGCUAUGGCUGAGAAUCAGGUUCUUAUUGUCAUCGGUGAAACUGGCAGUGGGAAGACCACACAGAUGACGCAAUAUAUGGCUGAGGCAGGGUACGCCGACCAUGGGAUCAUAGGUUGCACUCAGCCGAGGCGUGUGGCUGCUAUUACGGUCGCUAAGCGUGUCGCUGAGGAGUAUGGAUGUCGGCUGGGCCAGGAGGUCGGAUAUACGAUUCGAUUUGAGGACCACACAUCUCCGGAAACUCGGAUAAAGUAUAUGACUGAUGGUAUGCUCCUUCGGGAGGCUCUGGCUGAUCCUCUGUUAAAGAAGUAUUCAGUGAUUAUGUUGGACGAGGCACACGAGCGUACGAUUCACACGGAUGUACUGUUUGGUCUGUGUAAGGAGGCGAUCAGAGAGCGCAAUGACCUCAAGCUUAUCGUCACGAGUGCCACUCUCGAUGCUGAGAAGUUCAGCCGAUAUUUCUUCGACUCUCACAUUUUCACCAUUCCGGGGCGUACAUUCCCGGUGGAGAUCCUCUACUCGAACGAGCCAGAGGAAGACUACGUUCAAGCGGCGUUGAUGACAGUGAUGCAGAUUCAUCUCACUGAACAGCCUGGAGACAUAUUGGUCUUCCUCACUGGUCAAGAGGAGAUCGAUACGGCGUGUCAACUCUUGGAUGAACGGAUGGCUCAGUUGGCGCCUAUGAACCCACCACCACUGAUUCCGAUGGGAGUAUACGCCGCUCAGCCAUCGGAGGUUCAGUCCAGUAUCUUCGAACCGGCUCCNNNNUCUCGUCUUCCCACGGCCAAUGCUCGGCAGCGAGCCGGUCGUGCUGGUCGAACUGGUCCGGGCAAGUGCUACCGUCUAUACACUGAGAAGGCCUUCCGUACGGAGAUGCUCCCGUCAGCAGUGCCUGAGAUCCAACGUUCUAAUCUCUCUAAUGUGGUCCUCACGCUGAAGGCUAUGGGGAUCAAUGAUCUUCUCGGCUUCGACUUCAUGGACGCCCCGCCGGUCCAAACUCUGAUUAACUCACUGGAGGCACUGUGGCAACUCGGUGCUCUUGAUGACGAGGGACUUCUGACCAAACUUGGCAGGAAGAUGGCGGAGUUCCCCAUGCCCCCGGAGCAAUCGAAGAUGCUACUGGCUUCGGUAGACCUCGGCUGUGCAGAUGAGGCGAUCACUGUUGUGGCUAUGUUGUCUGUCCAAAAUGUCUUCUACCGUCCGAAAGAUAAGCAGGCCGUAGCUGAUCAGAAGAAGAGCAAGUUCAACUCGCCUGAAGGGGAUCAUGUGACUUUGCUUGAAGUAUACAAGGCGUGGUCGCGGAACAGAUUCUCGGCACCUUGGUGCUACGAAAAUUUCAUUCAAGUCAGAAGUUUGAGGAAAGCACAAGAUGUCCGCAAGCAGCUUAUUGGUAUCAUGGAUCGAUAUCGACUGGAGAUCAACAGUUGUGGUCAGGAUUACAAUAGGCUACGUCAAGCGAUUGCUGCUGGGUACUUCAACAACCUGUGUCGUCGUGAUCCUAAUGAGGGCUACCGAGUCAUGCGAGAUCUUCAGCAAGUCUAUAUUCACCCCUCUAGUGCACUAUACCAGAAGAAUCCCGAGUGGGUUAUUUACUAUGAGUUGGUCAUGACCACUCGAGAGUACAUCAGGGAGGUUUGUACAGUCGAGCCGGAGUGGAUGCCGAAGAUCGCCCCUAACAUGUUCAAACAGGCCGACAACCGUGGAAUCAGCAGGAUGAAAGCGAACGAGAAGAUCGAGCCUCUAUACUCAAAGUAUCAUGAUCGUGAUGCUCUGCGUACACUGGCAAGGAGGAAGUGUUAG